AUGUCGGAUGAGGUUCUCCACCUCGCAGUUGGCAGGUCUACCGCGGCGGAGGUGUGGCACUCGGUGUGCACGGCGCUAGGAUCCACGACUCAGGCGCGAUGUCUGAACCUGCUUGGACAGUUCCAGGCCCUUCGACAAGGUAACGCCACACCCACAGAAUAUCUCGGCCGGGCGGAAUUAUUGGUAGAAGCCCUUGCGCAAGCCGGACAGCCGCUCACCAUGUCCGAACAGAAUUUGUAUGUCCUCCGUGGAUUGCGACCAGAAUACCGCUCCUACGCUGCUGCCCUCACCGCCAACACCCCGGUUUCCCUUCCUCAGUUAGCUGAUUAUUUGCAAGCUGCUGAUUUCAUACUUGCAGAUGAAUUCGGCGCUGGUGGUGGCAAUGGAGGAUCGACGCACGCUGCUUUCUACGCUGGCCGGGGUACUGGACAGAAUGGCCGCGGCAGUUCUGGGCAGAAUGGUGAUGGCGGAGGUCGGAAUCAUCGCGGCGGCCGAGGCGGGCGCAACCAGCGCGGUGGUCGAGGUGGGCGCGGUGUGCCGAGGUGCCAAAUCUGCAGGGCUCAGGGGCAUACUGCGGUGUAUUGCUACAAAAGGUACACCACGCAACCGCCGGCUCAGGCACAUGUCGCGGUUUCGGGAGAAUCGCCGGCAACCACCCCACCACCGUCCGAAUCGUGGUAUCCCGAUACGGGCGCUACGGCACAUGCGACCCCGGAUGCAGGCAUGCUGACCACCUCGGAUGAAUACAAUGGCCCGGACACACUCCGGGUUGGGAAUGGUACAGGUUUAGUAAUCUCUCGGGUUGGCGAUGCAUCAAUCCCGUCUGAGUCUAAACAGUUGUUUCUGUCAAAUGUGUUACAUGUCCCUAAUUUAACUGUCCCAUUAUUGUCUGUCCAGAAAUUUGCCACUGAAAAUCAUGUGUUUUUUGAAUUUCACUCAAAUUGUUUCAUUGUGAAGGAUUCCAACACCAAUGCAAUAUUGCUUAAAGGUCCUACCUCCGGAGGCUAG